CGAUCCAAUCUUCAAUCGUCCCUUAUGUGUAUAAAAACAACAUAUCUGAGCUUUCAUUUCCAUCCGGAAUUAUCCGCUACAAAUAGUUUCAAAACAUCAGAAAAAAAGAAAAGCUAAUUAGAUGGAUGCCAAGCCUCGUGCUGUUGAUCGUGUUUAUGAGGAUUUUGAACCCCAAACGGAGUGGGCUAGAGAGGAGGGAUUUGAUACUUUAAUUGUCCUGCUACCAGGUUUUAGCAAGGAACAAUUAAGAGUUCAAAUAACUUCAUCUCGGAAUCUUAGGGUCAGCGGCGAACGCUCGCUUGGCAACGACAAAUGGCGGCGUUUCCAAAAGGAAUUAUCCAUCCCAUCAGAUGUGGAAACCAAUAAAAUCACUGCAAAGUUCGAAGGAGGCACGCUUUACAUUAAACAUCCGAAAGCGAUCACUCCGGCCAAACCACAAGAAGAUGCAAAACUACCUGCAAAGUCACAAGAAAAGUUCAAAAGUGAGACAAAAUUUGCUGAUCAGAAGAGUGAUCAAGGAGAUGCUGCUCAAGAAGUUCCUUCAAAGGCCACUUCGGAUAAACGUACGAAUGGGAAACCUGCUGCGCAAGCAACUGCUUACACUACUAGAAAGACAUCCAAGAAAGAGGAGGCAAACGAUACAACUGGGAAGACUAGCGUUGCAGCGCCAGCUAACAGCGUUCCUCAAAAUGUACCGGAGAAGGAGAAGGAGAAGGAACCCCGCAGCACAGAUGGAAAAAGUAGCACAGUGGAGGAUGCCAACAUGACUUCCGGAAAGAAACCAGGGAAGGAAGAGCCCAUCUAUUCAGAAAAGAGGAAGAGCACAGUAGUGGAUUCAGAGACUAAAAAUGGUGGGCUGGAAGAAACUAAAAAUGUCUCCAACGCAGGAAGUGAUAAAAAGCAUGAGAGUACUCUUGGCGACUCGAUCAAGAAUGCUACGAAGAUGGACAAAGGAUCAAUUUCUAGUGGUAAAUCUAGCAUGGAGAAUUAUAAGCAAGCUGCUAGGCGUUUAGUUUUGGAGGUGAAACAGCCAAAGAAAUUGAUAAACUUUGUUGUGGCUGCAUUACUUGCUUUGGUGCUCGUGCUCCAUCUUAAAAAGGCAACGAAGCCUUCGGAGGGAUCUAAAACUCAAUUCUAGGAAUGUUAAAUUUGAAUAACUUGGAUGCAUUGCAUUUAAAUGCAAACG